CAUGGAGUACAGGGUUUCUGCACCUUCCAGAUUUACGGGAUGUACACCAGCCGUUGCAGGCUCACGAAGAACCAGUCACAUUUUUAUCGCUCCGACAAAAGGAACGUUUACAACAAACGGUAUUUACGCAGUCGAGGAACCGAUCAAAAAAGCCCCAAAGCGACCGAAGCCUAAAGACUACGAUAUCAUCUACAAAGCGUACCUAGAGAUAAGGGAAGAGAACGCAACGUUAAGGCGAGAGGGUCAACAGUUAAGGGAUGAACUUCUGCAAACGAAAUCGAAACUUUUGGCAGUUUCCCAGGAAAACGAAGAACUUAAGGCCCAAAUUUCUCAGCUUCCGUUCCCUGAAAACUGGGGACAGGUUAUCCGCGGAAAGGACGAGGAAUUGAAAAGAUUGAAAGAAUCAAUUCGUAAAAUGUCCUUCGACCGAGCUGAAGCAAUCAACAACAAGUCUAUGGUAGAACUGUCUGUCGAUGAACUGAAAUUAAAACUUCGCAACAAGGAUAAAGAAGUAAGAGACGCAAAAGAGCUGGAGAAAAUUCAGAGCAAAGCAAAAAUUCUCAACGAGACAGAAAAAUUGCGAAACGAGAGGAACACCGCCGUCGCCAAUCUCACACGUCUGGAAGCUGUUGUUGACAAGCUUCGACAGGAUGCAAGCCACAAUAAACGAAUAAGCGAAGAAAGAAAAAUGGUAAUCCAAGAAAUACACAUGAGACUUACAAGCAAGGAAAAACAUGUUGACGAUUUACGAAAACAGCUUGCUUUGUCACGUCUUUUUAGCAAGUAGGACUCAUUAGUCCCUGGUGACACCGCAUGUAAUUAUCAUUAGGUUCGUUUUCCGAAUUUUGCGGAGAGUAAUUUGUGUUGUUCAUACGAGAGUACGAUAGAUCCGAAUGUAAUUUUUGACCGUCAAACCCGAGACAGACUUGUUUGCCACGGAAACUCGAUAGGGAGGUGAUUUAAAUGGUAAUUUAGACUUGUUUAACUCACGAAGCAGCGGCGGAACGUUAAAUAUUUACUUUUGAAAGUGGAAGCAUAGAGUGUUGAACAAACAAGUGAGUAUUUUGA